AUGUCGUUCACCGCCAUGCAAGCUCCGCUCCGCCUAGCAGCUCGACGCCUGCCUGUGUCGCGCCAUACCCUCGCCCAGUCGGCGGCCGCAGCAUCGGCGACGGCGUUAGUUUCCUCUUCGGCAUCGCCCACGGCCAUGGCCAUGGCGACGACGUCGGCGCCUCGCUUCUUCUCCUCGACCCCUCUCCGAUCCAACGCGAGCACGACGGCGACGCAACAGGACGGCCAGAAGCAGGUCGAGCAGCAAACGACGGGAGAGCAGCUCAUCCUCGAGCUACUCACCAAGCGCUUCAAGCCGACACAGCUCAAGGUUCAGGAUGUCAGCGGCGGCUGCGGUUCCUUCUACGCCAUCGCCAUCUCGUCAAAGGAGUUCAAGGGCCUCUCGACCAUCAAAGCACAUCGCCUCGUCAACAGCGUACUCAAGGACGUCAUCAAAGACAUCCACGGCCUGCAGCUGCGCACCAUUGCCGAAGACUAG